GAUAACUGUUGCAUUUUCAGAAGCUACUGACAGCAGCAAACCACAAAAUAUCGAUGAGAUCAAGAUGUACUAUGACUGUCGGUACAUCUCCGCUUGUGAAGCUGCAUGGAGAAUUUUUUCAUACCAUAUCCAUUACAGGGAUGUUUCGGUUGAGCGGUUAAGCUUUCAUCUACCGGGAGAGCAAAAUGUAUACUACAAACCUGAUGCAUCCAUUGAGUCGGUACUCAGUAACACCACUCUUCACUCUACGAAGUUUAUAGCUUGGAUGAGAGCAAAUCAAGUUUAUCAGGAGGCCAGGGAGUUGACAUACGUUGACUUUCCAUCUAAGUUCACAUGGAACAAAAAGAAAAGGGAGUGGUCACCACGGAAAAAGGGGUUUGCGGUUGGGCGUGUGUUCUUUGUGCGUCCCGGAGCAGGUGAGAAGUACUACUUAAGAGUUCUGUUGAAUGUAGUAAAAGGGCCAAGAAGUUAUGAAGAUUUGCGAACCGUGGAUGGAAAGAUAUAUGACACAUUUAGGGAUGCCUGUUUUGCUCGCGGGUUACAGGGAGAUGAUAAGGAGUACAUAGAUGGCAUUAAAGAGUCAAGUCAUUCAGCAAUGGCGCGAUGGUUGCGUCAUCUAUUUGUUACUCUUUUACUGCAGGGAUCAAUAACUAAGCCUGAAUCGGUGUGGGAAAAGUGUUGGGAGUAUUUGUCAGAAGACAUAUUAUACAAUGUGAGGAAAAACCUUCAUGAUCAAGAGUUGGAGCUAGACAACGGAGAA